UUCUCAUUUACUGGUAAUGCCGGCAACGAAAAUUAUCAACAAAAAAAAAAAAGGUGAUCUUUGAACAUCAAAACCCUAUCAAAAACCCUGCACUUUCUUCAACCUCAGCUUCCAUGGUUUUCUAACGAAACCUAAAUCUCAAACAGUGCAUUUUUAUACUGUAAAAAUGUCAGCUUCUAGAUUGUUCUUUCUACUCGGUGCCUCUAUUGUCCGAAACCAUAAUAAGCCUACAAACACCUUUACUCCAUUCAGCCCAAUUCGCUUCAUAAAGCCAUUGGCUUCGCCUGUUGUACGGUUCCGCAGGUACAAUUGUACCUCAGCUACACUUGAGACCAAUACAAUCGAACCAGUGGUCAAUACUAGAAAUCAUCCGUGGCCUGAAUGGGUAGCUUUCGUGGACCGUUUGAAAAGCAAAGGAUACGUCACUGAAAGUAAGAGUGAAGAUGGUGAUGCGAGUAUUUAUACGGAUAUGACUCUGUUAAAAGAUGCUUGUCUUAACUUCUCUCGCGACCGUUCCGACAUUUUUAAAAAGUUGUCCAACCAAGAUAUGCAGACAGUUGUGGAAAAGGGCUGCCCAAAUCUAUUCAGGAAGGUCGUUAACUCGGGGAAAAGGCUAAGGCUGCAUCUAAACCUUGAUGAAGGAGAGGUAUGCGGUGCUUGCAUUCUCCGUGGAUCAUGUGAUAGGGCUUACUUGAUAUUGAAGGAUGAUGAGGGUGUUGCACGUACAGUAGAUAUUGUGCGAGUCUUGCUUAUCUAUGCCUUAGAUCCUGCCGUUAUCUCAAGCGGAGCAAUGUCUCCUGGUAGAGAGCUUAUUGAAGUAUCUUCAAGAAAAUUGCUCUCAGAGUUGGUUGAAUUAAGCGAGACGCCUUUUGAUCCUGAGCAUCCAAGACCUGCUCCCAAGGACUCUCCACAAAAAAAACAGUCUCUUCGUUCAAGAAAGGAUGGUCGGGAAGAUGUUCAAAUGAAAAGAAGAGAUUCAAUUGGUCUUGAGGGAGAUAAAAAACAUUCUAAUGUCGAUAUGAAGCAAGGAGAUUGGAUCUGUUCGCAAUGCGACUUUAUGAACUUCUCCCGCAAUGCACAAUGCCUGAGAUGCAAAGCAGAAGGACCUAGUCAAGAUGCUCGUGUGUCAAAGGUUCAAGAAAUGAAAACUGGAGAUUGGACUUGCCCACAAUGUGCCUUCAUGAAUUUUGCUAGCAAUACCAAAUGCUUACGCUGCCCAGAGCUGCGCCCAAAGAGACUGCUGAAUCCGGGAGAGUGGGAAUGCCCCUCAUGCGACUUCUUGAACUACAGAAGAAACAUGGUCUGCAAGAAGUGUGAUUGUGAACGUCCCAGGGAUGCAAAGAAGCAGUCAAAAUACGAGCAGCAACUUUGGACAAAGCCUUACUAACGUAGUUUAAGAUCAGCUCAUACAAUUGAUCAAGGAUAUCAUUACAACAAAUAUGGUUGACUUACUUUUUUGGUUCUUCGGGCGAGUGGAUAUGAAAAUGCGAAUAACAUAUAUAUAUAUGCUUGCAUUUUUCCCUCUCUAUGUUACUUCAGCAACUGUGAGAUGUUUGUGAAUUCUUUUGCUAUUUUGUCCUGUGUAAUAACUUGUAAUUAUAACAUUACGUAGAAUCUUAACAGUGUUCACUUUUGUCUUCGCUUGAUGAUUAAUAGAAGAGAAAUGCAUGGGGUUAGCUUAUAAA